GGUACUUUAAGGAGAAGGGGGUUGGGGCUGGCAGAGAGAAUGCGUCAAGGGUGCGCGCUGUGGAGGAGCAGCACUUUCAAAGCAAAACCAGGGACAGCUCGACUGAGACUGUCAUUCCCCAGCUGCUAUUGGAUCUUGCUGUGCGCGCCAGUCGGCUUCAUAUGUGCUCCUGCUGGGCGUUUGGAAUCCUGCAGCCAGUGGUCGGAAAACUUCGGCUCUUCACACGUUGGUUGGAAAGUGCUCCAUUCGCGGACUGAGCGCUUGUCUGAUUCUUUUUGAUGCCCCCCCACCACCACCCCCCCCCCACCACCUACCCUGGUUUUGUGCAAUCUUCAACAGUUUACACGGCGGCCCAAGAUGUUCUAAUUUUUGGAGGAACAUGUGCCAUCCUGUCGACUGUGAGUAAAAGGCUCUGAAGCGGAUACAAUGGUGCAACUGCCAUCCAAUGACUGCUCUGUCAAUCAGGAAUUUGAGUCUUGCUAUCUGCCCAUUAUGUACCUUAUAGUCUUUGUCACUGGAUUCAUAGGAAACAGUGUUGCUCUCUGGAUGUUCAUCUUCCACAUGAGGCCUUGGAGCAGCAUCACCAUAUACAUGUUUAACCUCACCUUGGCCGACCUCUUCUACGUCUUCUCUCUGCCAGUUUUGAUUUUUUAUUACCUCAAGGAAAGUGACUGGAUCUUCGGGGAGACGCUGUGCAAGCUGCAGAGGUUUAUUUUCCACGUUAACCUAUACGGGAGCAUCUUGUUUCUGACCUGCAUCAGUGUCCACAGGUACAUUGGGGUAGUCCACCCCAUGAAAUCACUGGGCAGGUUGAAGAAAAAAUCGUCCAUCAUUGUGUGCGUGUGUGUGUGGGUCAUAGUAAUGGCUGGCAUCGCCCCAAUUCUGUACUUCUCUCGAAUACGCCAGGUCACCAAUAAAGCAAACUUCUCUGGACCGUACCCGUUCACAAACAGAACGAUAAAAACCACAUGUUACGAUACGACAUCUAAAGAGCUCCUGCACACUUACUUCAUUUACAGCAUGCUCACUACAUUCUUUGGUUUCUGUGUCCCCUUCGCCACCAUUCUGGUUUGUUAUGGAUUUAUAGUGAAGGCGCUAAUAUUUAACGACAUGAAGACACCUCUCCGGGGCAAGUCCGUGCGUCUCAUUAUCAUUGUGCUGGCAGUCUUUGCUGUCGCCUACCUCCCCUUCCAUGUGAUGAAGAAUUUAAACCUUCAGUCCAGACUUUAUUACCAGGGGUCAGAGACGUGCGGGUGGAACAAGAGAGUCUACGCCACCUAUCAAGUGACCAGGGGUCUGGCCAGCCUCAAUAGCUGCGUGGACCCAAUCCUGUACUUUCUGGCUGGAGACACUUUCAGGAGGAAAUUCACUUCUACAGCCUCGAGAAUCAUCAAAUUGAACCAGUCUGUGGUCUAGGAAAGUAAACAAUUCACUUCAUGACACAAUGGACAAGUUAUAGAAUGAUGAUGAUUCCUCCUUAACCUACAAUUUACAUUUAUAUAACACCUUCAAUGUAGUAAAUAUGUCCCCAGGCACUUCUGAGGGGCAUUAUCAGAAAAAUGUGACAGAUAAGGAGAUAUUAAGACAGGUGAUCAAAAGCUUAGUCAAACCAGUAUAUCUAAGGUGUAUCUUAAAAGAGGAGAGAGCAAUUAGAGAAGUUGGAGUGGACUAAGGAGGGAAUUCCAGAAUUUAGGGUCCAGGCAGCUGAAGGCACAGCCACCAGUGGUGCAGCCAAGGAGAUUGGGGUAUGCGCAAGAGGCUGUAAUUGCAAGAGAGCAGAGAGCUUGGAGGAUUGCAGGGCUAGAUGAGGUUGCAGAGUUAGAGAGGGGUGAGGCCACGGAGAGAUUUGAACAUGAAUGAAAAUUUUAGAAUUGAGGUGCUCCCUGAUGUGGAGCAAGUACAUGGCUGGUGGGUGAAUAGGAGCUGGUGCAAGUUAGCACAGGGGCAGCAGAGUUAUGGAUGAGCUCAGGUUUCAGAAAGUGGUGGUUCGGUGAAUUUUAGUUUAAGUAUCUUUUUGGGGUUGACAGGCACAAUAAGGGUCAUGUUUGAGAGCUUUAGUUGAAUGCUUUAAUAAGAAAGUGUAAUGAGUGGAGUAGCCCACAACUAAACAUUCAAACACCCUGUAUUUGUCCACUUAUCCUUCAACCCAAUCACAGUUGCCCUUGCUGCUAAUUUGAAGUUUUCUAUUUUAGGAUGGGAACAGUAUUGUACAAUAGGUUUGAAAAAGUGGACCUGCUGUUAAUGAUAUUAAACUUUGAAGAAUCGGGCCGUUAUCUAGUUUGAUCUAUACAGGGAAUAUUUUGCCUUAUACCUUGAUGUUUACAUUGUUGCAU